UGUGUGUGUGUGUGUGUGUGUGUGUUGGGGGUGUAACGAGACAACCCUGCGAGAGUCGCACAAGUGGUCGGCUGGUUUCGUCUGGAGGAUUUUUAGGCACCGCCGAACCGUUGGCUGCACGUUUAAAGUGAUUUAUAAAAAAACAAAUCUGUGCAUCCUCACUCACAUGAGCGGCGGACCGGACCAGAGCGGACCCACAUCCUCCUGACCUCGGUCGCGUUGCGUCGCUAAGGACAUGGCUGUGCGCUCCAGGACGGGAUUCUUCCGGCAGGAGGUCAACAGAACGGCGUGGGAGGUGCCGGAGCGGUACCGGGACCUGAAGCAGGCCGGGACCGGAGCCUAUGGAACAGUGUGUUCGGCGUGGGACCGCCGCACAGGGGCGCAGGUGGCCAUCAAGAAACUGCACCGGCCCUUCCAGUCCAAGCUUUUCGCCAAGAGGGCGUACAGGGAGCUGCGACUCCUCAAACACAUGAGGCACGAGAAUGUGAUUGGUCUGCUGGACGUGUUCACUGCUGAGAUCUCAUUGGACCGGCUCCGUGACUUCUACCUGGUGAUGCCAUUCAUGGGCACUGACCUAGGCAAGCUGAUGAAGUUGGAGAGGCUGUCGGAGGACAGGGUGCAGUUCCUCGUCUAUCAGAUGAUGAGAGGACUCAAGUAUAUCCACUCCGCAGGGAUCAUCCACAGGGACCUUAAACCUGGAAAUCUAGCCAUUAACCCGGACUGCGAGUUAAAGAUUCUCGACUUUGGCCUGGCAAGGCAGGCGGACGCGGAAAUGACGGGCUACGUCGUGACACGCUGGUACAGGGCUCCCGAGGUCAUCCUCAACUGGAUGCACUACACGCAAACUGUCGAUAUCUGGUCUGCAGGUUGCAUCAUGGCAGAGAUGCUGCUGGGAAAGCCGCUGUUCAAGGGAAGCGAUCACCUGGACCAACUCAGAGAAAUCAUGAAGAUCACCGGAACCCCGAGUGGCGACUUCGUUGUGAAGCUCCAGAGCCAAGAUGCCAAAAACUACAUCAGGAGUCUGCCAAAGGUCCUCAAAAAAGACUUGCACGCCGUUUUCUCCAAGGCGAGCUCAAGCGCCGUGUGCGUCUUGGAGAAGAUGCUGCUGCUGGACCCCGAGCGGAGGGUGAGCGCCUCGGAGGCACUGGACCUGCCUUUCUUCGGCGAGUUCAGGGACACGGAGGAGGAGACCGAGGCACUGCCGUACGACCAGACCAUGGACAACACCGACCUGCCACUGGACCAGUGGAAACGUCACACUUUUACAGAGAUACUGACCUUCAGGCCGAACAAGGACUCGAAGGAGACGUCACUUUAAGAGCACACAUGCAGACAUUGUGCCACACACAACCGUCUGCUGCAAACGCUCACACUUAAGAGACCAGCACCCAAAUGUAUUCUUGACUUUUGUUUUUGUAUUUUCUUUUUUAAAGAAGUAAUGGAUGUUGUUAGUUGUUUUUGUUGUUGUUGCUUUCAAUAAAUAUGAUUUGCUCACUUGA